GUGUAAUUAGAGCUACAGGCAGAACGAAAAUCAGUUGCCUCCGAAACGGGCAGCAAGCUAGUCGCAUUUCGGGUUGAAUAAAAAUAAUUAAAUUACAAGUGUAAAAACGUGCCGUCGAGAUGUCGGUGCUGCGCUGGAUUCCCCGUGCAAAUCGGGGGAAUCUAAGCCAGACGACGGCGACGACGACGACAAUGAUGAUGAAGAUGAUGAAGAUGGGUCGACGAUUUGCGAGCGGUGGCGAUGGCAUUCGCCUGAUGGUCGGGGAUCGCGAGGUGGUCGGCUACGGCAUCAAUGGACGGCCUUUGUACUUCGAUAGCCAGGACUGUCCGUUCCCGGCGAUUCGAUACCGUGAAGUCACGCCGGAAUUGUGCGCGAUUAGGGAAAAGGAGCUGGGCGACUGGAAGAAGCUAUCGCUGGAGGACAAGAAGCAGCUGUAUCGACAUAGCUUUUGCCAAACCUACGCCGAGUUCCAGCACUUUACGCCGGAGUGGAAGAUCUGCCUGGGCGUCGCCUUGUGGCUCGUGGCCAUCGGUGUCUGCAUCUCGAUGUCGAUGAAGGCCAAGCUGUACGGCGAGCUGCCCGAUACGUUCGAGGAGGACCGCCGUUCGGCCCAAUUACGUCGCAUUAUCCAUCUCCAGAUGAACCCCAUCACUGGAAUCUCAUCGAAAUGGUGUUACGAGGAGAACCAGUGGAAGUAACAAAUACGUUUUCAACUGAUUUGCCGUAGACACGUACAGAAACGAAACAUCACAUCUAACUGAUUGCACGCUCACCCUCUUCUCCUGUUGCCACCGAAUAGAAACUACAAAUGACAUAAACAAUCCGUUUAUGAUCACCUGAAAAUGGGAAACACGUUGAUCACAUAUUGCAGCAUCCACAUUACGAUUUACAAUUAGAAAUAAUUGUCAAAUAGCCAUCAAUAUUUAAUUAUGCACGCUCGUACACAAACAAAAUCGAUUUUGCAGAAAUUGAAAUUGAAUUUAGUUGACGAUCGUUCACAUAGCCAAAGAAUCAUUCACUCUUGGAAACGCUAACGCCACACACCUCACAAAACCACACCGUACUCUAACUAAUGAAAAUGGGAAACACGUUGAUCACAUAUUGCAGCAUCCACAUUACGAUUUACAAUUAAAAAACAAUUGGUUAAUUAACUAUGCGCGCUCGAACACAAACAAAAUGAAUUUUGUAGAAAUUAAAUAUUAAUUUCCAAAAUCACACCAGUUACAAUAUAGUACAUUCACAAACUAAGUUGUGGCCCAUCAUUAAAUAUAUACUCGUAUAAAAAAAAAUA